AUGCGUGGAGUGUAUUAUCUAUACGCGGAGGAUGAUGAAAAGAAGGAUGAUGUAGAGGAGGAUGAAGAAGGUGACGACGAACCUUAUGAAGAUUCAGAUUCUGUUUCCGGUGAAGAGUCAGACUCAGACUCUGGCGACGACAAAGAUGACGACGAAUUUGAUGAAGACGGCGAAACUGAUGAGGAAACCCACGACCGACAUCCAAGAGACCAGCUAUAUGAAGAGCACACUCGCGCAAUCUGUGAAGCGGAAUCCAAUCGCACCUGUUGGUGCCUCCCUGGCCAUAUCUUGUUACAUCCAAACUUGGUCAACUCGGACGCGGGCCAUGAGGAUACCUCCGAUGACGAGCCACUCAUCAUCACCCCCUCAAGUUCGACUGACAGCCUCGCGAUCGACAGCGCGGUGCAGCCCUCUAAUCAGAACCAGCUUGUACCCGCCGAGGCUUCCAUCAGCUAG